AUGUCCACGAAGACUUCAAGUGCUUCAAAAACCACUUGGACGACUGACAAAGUUAUCAAAUCUCUUACAUAUCCUGAACAUUGUUCUAUUUCGCUUGUGGAACGUCUUCGCACUACUCUAAAAACGAACAAUGUCAAUCAACCUUCUCACGCGUGGACGUUUGAUUUACUCCUUACUGCUUUAAAAUGUGCUCUUGAAAACAUGUCCAAACGCUGGAAGGAUUUGUCUAGCGAAGACAAAUUACAGGUACGCCAGGCAUUUUCUUCUCUUCAUCGCUCUGCUUCUUCAAAAGCUCAGUUGGAAAUUAAAUUACUUUAUGAUUGCUGCUGCUAUAUUAUGAAUAGAUUGGCCUCUAAUCAUGAAUCGGAUGCACAGCUUUAUAGUUGUGUUCGAGCUAGGUUGGCUAUUAUAAACAGGCUUUUGGACAUAGAAAUUCCAGAUCCUGCUAUGUUUCACCUUUACAUGGUCCAUAAUAAUUUUUGCUCUUUGUUCCAAUCGAUUUCAGCCAACUCUAUCCAUACUUUACCGUAUACCCCUUCAGGAACCUUUAUGCCAUCAGCCACAGAACUGCAAAAUUGCCUACUUUCUCCUCUUCCAAGUCACUCACUUGCCCAUGGUACUUGUUCACUCCUAGUGACCUUUCAACUAAAUGUCUUGAGAUGUCUUACCUUAUUUCCAAAUUGCUGUCUUUCUCUGUCUACAAUUCAGAAUCUAAUGAAAGAGUCAGGUCCCUAUGCUUCUUGCUUGAGAUUAUUCUCCUUAAAUGAAGAACUGGGGCUAUCUAGAAUCGAGAUAUUUGCAAGAUUGCUCGCCAGAUUUGCUCUUACUGAACAUAAUGCAUUGCAUUCCUUGUACUUACUUGCUUACUCUCUUCAGUCCUGGUUGCUUAUAGGAAAGUCUUUCAUGCUAAACAGUACUGGCGGCUUGCCGGAGUCAAUAGAAAUACGAAUUGUCAACGUAUUCCACAAAUUACUUAAUGCUUGUGAUCCUUCGACGGUUGAUCUUGUUAAUUUGAAUGAAAUUUAUAAAGGGGUUUUGCAUGGCCUUGAUUUUCUAAGCCCAAACAACAGAACGGAGUUGAAUUUGAGAAUAUCUGAUACGUAUUACCAGUUCAAUGAUGCUGAAUCUUGUUUUUUGCGACUGGUGGAUGGCAUUGAAUCAUCUCUCGGUGAAAGGAUUGCUAAACUAAAAUAUUUACUGCUCAUGUUUCGUCUUACUCUGAACAAGAAGUGUCCCAAAGUGCCCAGUGAUAUUCUCUCAGAAAUUAAUAUAUCCGUUAAACUUUUAAACUCAGAUUCUAUUCGUCCAGAUGAUCUUAUCUAUUUCCUUGAAGUAUUUGACAGUAUAUUUGCAAGCCCUUCGCAUUCUUCUGUGGAUGAUGAUAAAUCGAGUACCUUUUUGCUGAUGGCGGCUUUAGCAAAUGUCAUUUUAGUUACUAAUCCAGAUUGGGCUUCAGGUUCUGAAGCAAGCAAGUUGUCGAAAAAGGUGGAACGUUUUCUUUCUCUUUCAUUUUAUCUGCUACGUUCUUUGAAGGAAACCGAAGUUCCCUUGGAUACCUUUCGAUGCUUUGUACAAGUUGCAGUUAAAUUUCAGGAGCCCGAGUUUUCUCAAAAAUUAUCAAAUUUCUGUUAUAACACUAGUGUAAAAUCUCAGCAUAGAGACAUAUGUAGUCGGUACAUUGACUUAAGUGUUUCUAUAACGUUGUGGCACAACCUAUUAGAUGAUGAGGCAUUCAUCUUGAAGCUUGUGAAGUGGUUUCAAUUGUGGGGCGAAAAAACAGUUCAAAAUGCUGAUUUGAAAAAGCUUUCUCAUAUGUUGGAGUUUCACUUUACCCAGCCUUCUUUUAAGGUUACUACUUCUCUUAGUAAACUGUUGAAUUGGGUUAUUAAUUGUAUACAUUCGCACGAUGAAAGCCAUUCAAGAGCUUAUAUUUCAUGUUUCGGUAUAAGUGUUCUUAAAGCCUUAAGUAAAGAGAUGUUUAAUUCCAAAGAACAUGGCCCGAGUAUAACAUUUAUACGGAUUCUUGAAGAAAUAUGGGAUAGGGAAACCGAUUUAUUAGAAAAGGCAAACAUUCUCUGUUCAAUGUCUUGUACAGUGUUCAAAAAUGUGAGUCUUACCCCAUAUUACUUAUCUUCUAUAAAAAGAAAGAUUGAUACUCUAAAAUGUUGCGCUUCAAAAAAUCCAAAGUUUCAUUUAUAUAAAAUAAUUCUCGAAAUAUGGGAGUUUCUACUAAAAUAUCAAGCUGACCGUUGCUACGAAGUUCCCUUGCAAUCUUUGCUUUUUAGGUUGUCGGAUUUCGUGCUUACUUCCCGUUUACCAACGGCUCCUGUAGGGUUAAACGAUAGGGACAUAUAUGCCUUUUUAGCUGCUUCUUUUAGCAUAUUACAUGUUACUGAAAUCUUGUACGACUAUUGCUCGGAACUCCUAUUGUUGGAGACCGUAUAUGAACUCUUAAAGAACUACUUAUCCAAUUCCGCUGCGAGAUACAUUGUCGUGAUAGUUACUCUUCUUGCAAACAGAUAUGUAGCUUUGGGCUUUUCGGGUAAAGCGCACCUCUGCUUCUCUCGAGCUUAUAACUUUUUGAAAAAACACAGCAGGAAUGAUGAGUGUUUCGAAAAUUUUUGGAGGGUCUCUUUCGCUAAGUAUUUAAUUAUUACUGGCAACACCGAAAAAGGAAUCUCACAAUUGAAGAACUACAAUGCAACAAAAAAAGGACUGUUUUUCGGGCUACAAAAUUUAAUUAUUUCAGAUUAUUUAAUGAUGUAUGAAAGGUUUCAAUUCUCUGAAGCAGUGUAUCUAUUAGGUUACUCUUCUCAGGCGUUACACAUAAUAACGCAUAAUCUGCGAACGAUGAAAUCCAUUUUUUCUAUCUCAAUAGGAAAAAUGCAGUCCAAUGGUUAUGAAGCGAACUUACGGUGGGAAUUGGCUCGGAUUGCUGUAAUGUCUAAUGACCUGACUGCUCGAAUAUAUGAACAUAUGGGACAACUGAGGGAAGCUAUGUAUUUCACUAGACAAGCAUGCUUUUUAGAAGAGAGUAUUCUUCCCUCUUCCAGUGCUUACUGCUCUAAAUUAUCGUUAUGCUCUUUACUAGCUAAAGCUGGGCAACUUGAUGAAAGCGAGGUUAUUGUUCAGGAAACGGAGGGUUUAUUGCAAGCUUCUAGCUUCCAUCAAAAAUAUCUUUGGAAUCUGGCGAGUGCUGAGAUAUACUUUUUGAAAGGAGAUUUAUGUGGUUCCAUCAGACAUUAUUCACAGUGUCUUGAUUUGUUAGAAAUUUUGAAGCAAGAAAUUUUUUCUUUUAUUCAAUUUUGUAAGAAUAAUCGUUCGAUAACGAAAGGAAUAAAAAGGUUAAGCCUGUCUAAUUCCGACAAUCCAGCUGUAAAAGAAAAGAUAUUUGACUUGGAUUGCUCGGUUUUAGAUGAUAAGACUGCCAAAGUGUUGCAAAGAAUUGCGUUGAUAGAAGUAACACGAGGAAAUCUGAAUGAAGCGAAAUCUUUGAUGAAGACAUCGUCAGGAAAAUUUAUUGGUGACUUUUCUAAUGUUGUGUCUCUACAAAUCGCAAAGGCAAAAAUAGCGUUAAGUGAAGCUAACUUAACUCUGCAAGAUAAUCCAGUUUUGAGCACCCUUCAAGAUUCUGUUAUAUCUUUGCCAGGUAUAACAGAAAAGCAAACAAUCGAUGUUAAUGCAAAUUUAAUUACUGCAGCAUCGAAAAUUCAAACAUCGAAAAGAAAGCAAGGCCAUCUUAAUUAUUUGAGAGACAAAUUAAAAACUAUCUUGCUGAAUAUCCGUUUAAACUGCGAAGUAAUAUUCUUUAAUACUUUUGAACGAAGUUCAGUCCAAACAUGCAGAGCCGUUAACAAUUUGAUGACUUUUUCAUCAAUUAUGCAGAGUGCUUUAACAAGUUUAGAAGAAAAGAAUACAAUGAGUUCUAUCACUGCAUCAUUUUUUAUGGAAAUCCCCCGUGCUUUAGGUUUCCAAAGGAAACUGAUGAAUUCAAAACCAGUAUGGCAAUCACAUUCUUAUGAUGAGAAUGAAAUCGUCAGUAUGGUUUCCGAAAGCAAAUCAAGAGCUCCACGUCUUGAGGAAUAUGAAGGGUUUAUAGACCAGCUACCCGCAACUUGGAAUGUAAUUUCUAUUAGCAUCAGCGAAUCAAACGAAGAGCUAUUUAUAACAAAAUUAAGGCACAAGGCUACCCCUUUGAUUAUUCGACUACCUUUAAAACGCCAUAAUUCCCGGGAUGUGGACGAGGAGGUUUUGAGUUUUGAGGAGGCACAAUUAGCAUUUGAAAAAAUAAUAGGAAAAAGUAAUGAGACAGCACAAAACGGCAAAGAUUAUACAACGAAACAAGAAAAAGAGUCAUGGUGGAAACAACGAAGAGAAUUAGAUAAUAGUUUAGCCAAGCUCCUGAGAAAUAUAGAGCUUUUUUGGCUUGGCGGAUUUAAAGGUAUAUUCUCAAACCAUAUACUAGAUGUGGGUCUAUUCUUGAAGUUUGUUCACCAAUUUUAUGGUAUUAUGAGAAAGAAUCUGAAUUUUACGGAUCUGGAGAAUUCUAUUGAAAUGUCAUCUGGUAUUUUGGAACUUUUCGUUACCCUCGGAAUACCUGAUCAAGAUACUGUUGAACAAUUGUUUGAAGACCUUAUUUACUUUGUUCUCGACAUCUAUCAGUUUCAUGGAGUACAAUUUGCUUAUGAUGAGGUUGAUAUGGAUCAAAUGACCAUCGAGAUCAAGGAUGCAUUAAGGUUUUAUCAUAAUAAUUACAAUUCCGAAAACAGUGCUAGUCAUACCGUACUUUUGUUGGAUAGGAUGGUUCAUAAAUUUCCAUGGGAGUCUUUGCCAUGCUUGCAACAACAGUCAGUAUCAAGGUUACCAUCCGUUUCCGUUUUAAGAAACAUGCUAAAUAAAAACUUUAAUCAACAACCAUUUGUCGAGGUACAUUCUGAUUCAGGCUCUUAUGUACUUAAUCCCAGUUUAGACCUAAAGCAUACGCAGGAUAUGUUUGAAGCAGAGUUAUCUGCAGCUGGUUGGAAGGGAGUUGUCGGGCGAAGUCCUUCGAACGAAGAGUUCAGGUCUAUGUUGUCAGAGUAUGACUUUUUCCUUUAUUUUGGACACGGCGGUGGUGAACAGUACACAACUUCCAAAGAUUUGGCGGCACUUGAUAAAUGCGCGGUGAGUAUUUUAAUGGGUUGUAGCUCAGGAGCAUUACACGAGUGUGGUAUUUAUGAACCCUGGGGGACUCCUUUGAAUUAUCUGAGUGCUGGUUGCCGAACUUUGGUAGCUAAUUUAUGGGAUGUAACAGACAAAGACAUUGAUCGGUUUAGUAGUGCGUUGCUUUCCUACUGGGGUGCUCUUUCUAGUCAAGAAAAUGGAGAAAGAAUUAGUAUAUGUGAAGCAGUCACCAAAAGUCGUAAACACUGUCACCUUCAGUUCUUAAAUGGUGCUGCCCCUGUUGUCUAUGGAUUACCUGCCUAUGUCACUAAAAAUACUAUAGAUGAUGUUAAUGCAUGA